GUGUCGUGACGCUUCCGUGAACGCGGCGUCGCAGGCCUCUGGUGGAUGACGUCAGAGGAAGGGAGGGGUCUUCUCACGUGCUCCUCAUAAUGCCAGGAAUUCCGCUUCCUGCCUUUCGGCAAAUGCAUUUCACAGUCGACAAGUAGCUUCUAAAUGCGACUGUAAUUGUUGUACCUGGUGCGCCAAGUAACUUAUGUUCUUGUUUCUCUGCUCUUGACAAAAUACAGUGGAAAGGAAGAGUGGGGAGGCGGUUAAUUUCUUCUCGCAGUCGCCCUUGCGAAGGAAUCACGUAGAAUACGUGGUCUGUCAUUCGCGAGUAUAUAUAUGCCGCAGUAUUGCACAAUUCGAAAACUUCCCGAGGGCGAAUUCCGAGAUAAGCGACACAGACGAAGCGGUAUGUGUUAAACCCGCCCAGCUGAUAAGGCAAUGCAGGACGCGUCGUACGCUUGAGCAGCGGGGACUUGCGAAACCCUUCGGACACACUGUCUGUGCCCUCCCCGCGCGCGGACGACUUGACGGCAGCCGGGGCUCACGGCUCUGUAAGGCUGCACUCUGCCCGUAUCCUGCUGCUGACCGGUAUGGAGCCCAGCGGGUGCGCCGAGCAGCUUCUGAGCCUCAAGACCAGCAUCGAGAGGCUGCGCCGGAGCGUCAACGUUGAGCUGGACAACCUGAGCGCAGUGCUGGACACACUGGCCCACAAGGAGACUGACCGCAACAACCGGGUGAAUGGCAGCCACACUACCGAAUCCCAGCUUCGCAAGAAGAGCUCACCUGGACAGGACCUUCCAGAGAAGUUCUUCGCCAUUCGGGAGAGUCGUAUUGUGGAAAUUAUGGCCAACGAACACAUCCGGACAGUGUUCAACAUCUUCGUGGCUUUUCUGUUCCUCGUCACCGUCAUACUGAUCACGUCCUACUUUUACGAUCCUCAAAGGCUACACGACGACAUGUCGACCAUCGUGGUCAACUCUACCGGCAUCGUGGGUGUCUUCGGCCAUCUCAUUGCCAUCAACCUCGCCAUUCUAUUCCUCCUGCAUCCAUCGCUGCAGCUCUGGGCUAGCUGUCGAGCGCUCGGCAAAAGCGGUCCCGUGGACGCCGUUUUCGGCAGCCUGUUCGCGCUGUUCCUGGGCUGUGUCACCGUGUUUCCUGUUCACUACAUCUUCGCCAACGAGUUGCCGCCUCUGUCCUCCUGCAUCCUCGCCUUCGAACAGGUAAGAUUACUGAUGAAAGCGUACGCGUACACGAGGGAGAUCGUUGGGCGAGUGCUCAAGCAUGCAGAGCUGAAAGUGAAGAGCGAAAACAACCACGUGGAGCUGACGCUACCGGGAGUAUCCUGCGUCCUCUACUUCCUCUUCGCGCCCACUCUGAUCUACAGGGAUACCUACCCAAGAACGCCCAAGGUUCGCUGGGGCGCCGUGCUGUGGUACACGGGCCAGUUCUUCGCGUGCGUGGCCCUGUAUUCCGUGGUGCUGAACCACUUCAUCAAGGACCUCUUCUGUGACGCCGGCAAGGAUGGCUUCCAGCUGUUGGGUUUCACGCUCACUGGCUGCGCCAUUCUGCUGCUGGGCAGCAUCAGCAUGUUUCUCGUUUUCUACGGCUUCCUUCACUGCUGGCUCAACAUUUUCGCGGAGGCUAUGCGCUUUGGAGACCGACUCUUCUACCUGGACUGGUGGAAUAGCACUACUUAUGCGGACUACUACCGGUCUUGGAACUUGGUCGUCCACGACUGGCUCUUCAAUUACGUCUACCGUGAUGCCUACAAGGCCUUCAACUAUAACAAGAAACUGGCCAUGCUGGUUGUUUUCUUCCUGUCCGCCCUGGUUCACGAAUACAUUCUGGCACUCAGCUACCGAUUCUUCUUCCCCGUCGUCCUGGUCGUCUACGGCACCAUCGGAGUGGCGCUUAUGUUUGCGACGAAAAAGAAGACGGCGCGCUUCUGGAACGUGUUCCUGUGGAUCACGCUGAUUGCCGGAUGGGGCCUGAUACUCAUCUUCUACACAGUAGAAUUCUACUCCAGGAUCAACUGCCCCACAUCCAAGAGCGCCCUGGCGGACUUCUUCUUCCCGCGGUCCUUCUCGUGGUCCUGCAAUUCCUUCAGCCACUCCAGCUGGUUCUCGUCGUCCUUCUACAAGCAGAAGCCCACGUUGACGUGACGUGCGCCAUGCGUAGGAGUGUAAACGCGCCGAGAUACGGACGUGCGAUCACUGUGUGUACAUUCCCAGUUCUGGCGGCCAAGUUGCCUGAACCGUGUAAAUAUGUAGCAUACUCUCCGGAUCAAGUGGGAACGACAAUUUUACGGGGCAACUGAGUUAUUUUCGUGACAUAUUUUAAUAACGUGCUUGUACACAGCCGCGCUUGUUGAAAUCGUACUUGUACACCUAUUUUUGAAGGCGUUUUACACGCACUGCUGUGUUCGAAUAAAGUAUUCCAAACAAUCUUU